AUGUCGAACUUCGAGCCCAAUGCCGUCAUUCGUGGCUUCCAGCUCACCGUGGUAGGAACUGUCCGCGCUCUAAAGAAUCCAGAUCUGUUCAAGCAUGAGCACUUCCGUCAAGCAGCUAUAGCAGUUGCCGUUGGGAUUGUCAUCCAACUAAUUAUCCAAAUUCCGAUAAUCAGCCUGAAGUUUAUUCUCUACAUUGCCUCCUGGAUCAUCGACCUGGAAAGCGCAACAUGGGACGACGAUCUUCUCAAGGGCCUGGAGUUCUUAUCCAAAUCUGUUCUCCAAGUGCCGUUCCUUCUGAUGACCUUAAUGGGCCAUCUUACGCCGACUCUUGAUGAAAUAUUCAUGCAAUCCAUCCACUGGGUGGACGCCACAUACGCUCAGAAACACAAGUCUGAGGAUCCCAACACUUUGCGUGACAUGUACUACCCCAACCUUGAAAUGUUUCCUGCAAAAGGAGGCCCUCGUCAAUCACGCCCCAAAAUGGAGGUGUUCAUGAUCUUUGCCAAUCGCUAUGGCAAGAAAAUUGGGCUGGGAUUAGCUGUGUAUUUCCUGUCCAUGGUCCCUAUUGUUGGUCGCUUCGUUAUGCCGGCAGCCAGUUUCUAUACCUUCAAAUCGCAUGUCGGCACUGCGCCAGCCGUUGUUAUCUUUGGUGCUGGACUGGUUCUCCCCAAGACAUACAUCAUUCAGUUUCUCCACACCUACUUUGCAUCAAGAAGUCUGAUGCGCGAACUACUUGAACCGUACUUCCGCCGUAUCAAGUUCACUCCGGAACAGAAAAGCCGCUGGUUCCGCGACCGUGAGGGCGUUUUAUUCGGCUUUUCGUUUGCCUUCACCGUUGUUCUGAAGACUCCCUUCAUUGGUGUGGUAAUGUACGGCGUUGCUGAGGCAUCUACAGCAUACCUUGUCACCAAGAUUACUGAUCCACCACCAUCCCCGGCUGAGAGCGAAGGUUUCGCUGAGAGUCAAGUAACUUGGAAGAAUAAACAUGACUUCCUGCGUCUGCCACUUGACCACAUUGAUAAGCUCAAUGUAUCUAGUCAAGACAAUGUCAAGCACGACUCGGUCCCUGAGGGAAAGAAAACUCAUUGA